AUGAAUACGGAUCAAUAUUUGAUCAAGGGAAGCCAACUCUGACUUAUCAAUUGAGCAACCGUAUUGGGCUGAGCCUCAGUGACUGGCUCGAGUACGUGUGUGCCGCGCCUUGAAAGACCAGAACAUUCGACUGUCUACACAACCGACAAUGACCAAAGCUGUUGGUAUUGAUCUUGGCACAACCUUCUCGUGUGUGGGCGUGUUCCAGCAUGGGAAGGUGGAGAUUAUUGCCAAUGACCAGGGCAACCGUACUACACCAUCUUAUGUCGCCUUCACAGACACAGAGAGACUCAUUGGUGAUGCAGCCAAAAAUCAGGUAGCAAUGAAUCCAAACAAUACUGUGUUUGAUGCUAAAAGGCUGAUUGGCAGAAAGUUUGAAGAUGCUACUGUUCAGGCUGAUAUGAAACAUUGGCCUUUCACUGUGAUUAGUGAGGGGGGAAAACCGAAGAUACAAGUGGAAUACAAGGGAGAGAAUAAAUCCUUCUACCCAGAAGAAAUUUCAUCCAUGGUAUUAACGAAGAUGAAAGAAACUGCUGAAGCUUAUCUUGGCACCACAGUCAAGGAUGCUGUGGUAACAGUACCUGCAUAUUUCAAUGAUUCUCAGCGGCAGGCUACUAAGGAUGCUGGAACAAUUGCAGGUAUGAAUGUCCUCCGUAUUAUCAAUGAACCCACCGCUGCAGCCAUUGCCUAUGGCUUAGACAAAAAGGUGGGUGGUGAACGCAAUGUGCUGAUCUUUGACCUUGGUGGUGGUACAUUUGAUGUUUCUAUCUUGACAAUAGAGGAUGGCAUUUUUGAGGUAAAAUCUACUGCUGGUGACACUCACCUUGGAGGAGAAGACUUCGAUAAUCGUUUGGUUACCCACUUCACCCAAGAGUUUAAACGUAAAUACAAAAAGGACUUGGGUGAAAAUAAACGGGCCAUUCGUCGUCUGCGGACUGCCUGUGAACGUGCUAAGCGCACAUUAUCCUCAUCUGCACAGGCUAGCAUUGAAAUUGACUCUCUUUAUGAAGGGGUUGAUUUUUACACAUCCAUCACAAGAGCUCGAUUUGAAGAAAUGUGUGCAGAUCUCUUCCGCGGCACACUUGAUCCUGUAGAGAAGUCUCUUCGUGAUGCUAAAAUGGACAAGGCACAAAUUCAUGAUCUUGUCAUGGUUGGUGGAUCUACACGUAUUCCCAAGAUCCAAAAGUUACUUCAGGACUUCUUCAAUGGUAAGGAACUGAACAAAUCUAUUAAUCCUGAUGAAGCUGUUGCUUAUGGUGCUGCUGUGCAGGCUGCAAUCUUGAGUGGUGAUAAAUCUGAGGCUGUACAAGACCUUCUGUUGCUGGAUGUUGCUCCGCUUUCUCUCGGUAUUGAAACUGCUGGUGGUGUGAUGACGGCACUCAUCAAGCGCAACACAACCAUCCCCACCAAGCAGACACAGACUUUCACAACAUAUUCUGAUAAUCAGCCUGGUGUGCUCAUCCAAGUGUAUGAAGGUGAACGUGCUAUGACCAAAGACAACAACCUUCUUGGUAAGUUUGAGUUGAGUGGCAUCCCUCCUGCACCACGUGGUAUUCCUCAGAUUGAAGUCAUCUUUGACAUUGAUGCUAAUGGAAUUUUGAAUGUAUCUGCAGUGGACAAAUCCACUGGUAAAGUGAACAAGAUCACAAUAACAAAUGACAAGGGUCGUCUAACCAAAGAGGAAAUAGAGAAAAUGGUCCAGGAUGCUGAUAAAUACAAGGCUGAUGAUGAUAAGCAGCGUGAACGCAUUUCAGCAAAGAAUGGUUUAGAAUCUUAUUGCUUUAACAUGAAAUCCACUGUGGAGGAUGAUAAGUUUAAGGAUAAGGUUCCUGAUGAUGACCGCAAAAAAAUAAUGGAUUCUUGCAAUGAGGCUAUUAAGUGGUUGGAUGCGAACCAAAUGGCAGAGAAAGAAGAGUAUGAACACAAACAAAAGGAAGUUGAGCAGAUCUGUAGCCCCAUUAUUACUAAAAUGUAUGCAGCUGCUGGAGGUGCUCCUAAUGGUGCACCUGGAGCACCACCUGGAGCAGCUCCUGGAGGUGGCACUGCCAGUGGACCAACCAUUGAAGAGGUUGAUUAAAUUUAACCUUCAUCCCUUUCUUGAAAUCCUGUUAUUGUAAACAAAGGUUCCAUUAAUUUGUUGUUGAAGGAAAUACGAUUUUAUUUAUAUUUUACCAUUCCAUUUAUUUUACAUGUAAUGCAAUGUCUACAUAUUCAGUACUACAGUAUGUAUUAAUUUGUUUUAAGAAUUAAUGGAACAUAAUUUUUUUUUUUUUUUUUUUUAAUACAAUACAUUUGACUCAUAAUAUUCAUGGAAGGGCAAAUAAGCACUGUACAGAGUACAGAUAUUAUUGGGAACAAUUCCUUAACCAUUUUUUUUUUUAAACCUUGAACAUUGUGCAGGAACAAACUGAACUACCCCCUACAUAUUUGGUUGGAGUGUAUUCUGUAAUCCAUAUUGAUAUGGUAAUAUGGCAGCAAAGAAGACACAAGGUCAGGAAGGUAACCUUACUCCUGAAGUUUCAUCGUGUAGGACUUAUAAAAAAAUUCCUUUGAUGUUCAUAACAUGACUUUAUCAAAGAAAUUCCUUUGAUAAAGUACUAUUUCCUGGUGAGUUUUCUCUCUGACCCUGUUUCCUCUGCUACAUAUUACCUUUGUCCAAAUGAAUCCUAUCCACAUUGAUUAUGGUAUACGGAAACCAACAUGAAGAUCAUGUUUAAUAUACAGUAAUUAUUUUCAAAAUUAAAUUUGGCCUUAUAAAUUGUAAUUGGUAUUGAGUUUCUGUUAAAGUAAUAAGUAUUUAUUUUGCUUACAGAAUGAUGUAAGGAUCAGCUUCUAUUAUUUGUUUUAGAUUUACUUGUUAGUAUAAAAACCUUUGCUGGAGUUUGAAUGUAUUUAAAGAAUAUAUUUUUCUCUCAAUAAAAGGAAUUGGAA